AUGGCUGCCCACCAGCCGUCCGGAGAAUCCAGCCCGGGGCAAGGAUGGUCGACAGCUCGGCCUACCCAAACCUCGCGGCGGAUCUCCGGGCGGGGCGUUCCCGAGCCGGUCAUCAGCUCCGACAGCGACGUCGAGUUGGUGGAAGACCAGCGGGUGGAGCAGCGGCGAUGGCGGCUUCGAAGAGCCGUCAACCGGGCCGACGGUCGCAUCCCGACUGGCGCGGCGGAGGUCGAAUGGGCCAGCAAGGAGCCGCCCCAGGACCAGCAGGCUCCAGGUAGCCAUGCCGAGUCCUUGGAAUAUCGCCGGAAUGGCGAGGAGUGGCGGUUGAAGGAGAUGGAGGAGUCGCCGGAGUGGCGGACCCAACUGCAGACGGCCAAUGAGGAAGAGCAGCAGCUGUGGGAGAGUCCGGGGUACCCACCCCGAGAUAUGCGGCCGAGCCUUGCAUCCCGCCACCAGAAGUGGCAGAAGACUGGGCGCCCUCACUUCCGCGGUGCCUGCCCGAAAUCCCACUCACACCGCGGUACGAGGGAUCACCGCAGUGGACGCCAGCCCGACCACCCCGUCGAUCAGCAACAACACGAGCAACGCCAGCAGCAACAACCCGAUCCGCCGAAGCAACAGCAAGGGGACCCGAUGAGACAUCAUCCCGGCGGAGCCCCAAUUCUGGGAGGAGAGAGGUCCCCGGGACCCCAGGAGCCCGAUGGACCCCAGGACCCGCGGCAGACCGGAGAAUUGGGCCCCACCGACACCGAGCACCUGACCGACGACACCAAGAACCGGGCCGGCGACGUCAGCGCCAGAAGAGACAGGGAGCGCGACGGUUAG